UUGAAAGCAACUUGAAAUCUUAAAAUGCUUUAUUACCUGAUAACUCUACUAAUAAUUCUACUAACGAUCCGUUGGUUAAAGUCACCAAACAAGUUUGAAAAUACAUCGAUUCCUUAUAUAAAGCCAUGGCCAAUAUUCGGGAAUAUGAUGGAGAUUUUUUUACGGAAAAUAUCUUUUCCGGAGCAAUUGAAAAAAAUAUACGACUUAAAUCCUCGGGCAAAGUACUUUGGAUACUACGAUUUUAGCUCCCCAGUGAUUGUUAUCCGCGACCCUGAAUUGAUAAAAGAUAUUGGGAUUAAAAACUUUGACAGUUUCAUUGACCACCGCGGUUUUGUGGAUCCGGCAUUGGACCCUCUGUUUGGUAGAAAUUUAUUUUCAUUACGAGGUGACACUUGGCGGGAGUUACGUAAUUUAUUGAGCCCGUCGUUCACAUCCAGCAAGAUGAAAAUCAUGUUCAAGUUAAUGUGUCAGUGCAGUGACAACUUUUCGAGUUAUUUCGUUGAGCAAAUGGUUAAAAAUAACAUAGAAUCACAAACAAUAGCCUCGAAACAAGUUUUCACACGGUACACUAAUGAUGUGAUCGCUACUUGCGCGUUUGGAAUCACAAUUGACUCAAUGAGAGAUCCAGACAACGACUUUUAUCGGAUUGGACGUAAGUCCGCAAACUUUGAAGACUCUUUGGGUUACAAAAUGUUGUAUCUGCGCAGCUUUCCACGACUGUCAAAAUGGCUAAGGCUUAAAUUAAUUGAUUCUGACGCAGAUACGUUCUUUACUAAAUUGGUUAGCGAUACUGUUAAAGUGCGCAGUGAAAAUAAUAUUUCCCGAGCUGACAUGAUACAACUGAUGAUGGAGACCAAAAACCCACACCACAAUGGCCAGUUGAAUAUCACAGACAUGACUGCACAGGCAUUUGUUUUCUUUCUUGCCGGUUUCGAUACGACCGCGGGUCUGAUGUGUUUUAUGGCCCACCAUCUGGCAGAGAAUCCAGAAAUGCAAGAAGAGUUGCAGCAAGAAGUUGAUCAAGUCUAUGAAGAUUUCAAUGGGAACCCUAGUUACGAAUCGAUCAAUGGUAUGAAGUAUUUAGACGCUUUUCUUAAUGAGACCAUGAGAAUUUAUCCCAUAGCCUCAAUGGUUGACCGAGUUUGUAUCAAAGACUAUGAGUUGCCUCCAGUGGUCCCUGGGGAAGAUAAAUAUAUCCUGAAAGCCGGUGACUACGUUUGGUUUCCAGUCUAUCCAAUUCACAGAGACCCAAAUUACUAUCCAGACCCAGAUAAAUUUGAUCCCAGACGAUUUCUGGAUAAUGCCAAAGCUUUUACCAACUCUCCGACUUAUUUGCCGUUUGGUAUCGGGCCCCGCAUGUGCAUUGGCAAUAGAUUCGCGUUGCUGGAGACCAAGAUACUGUUCUUUUAUUUGGUGAAAAGGUGCUGGUUCAAGCCGAGCAAGAAGAUGCUACGACCUCUGAAACUUAGUAAGACUAGUAUCGCGAUGACUCCGCAAGGAGGCUUCUGGGUUGAUCUUCAAGUCAGAAAAUAGUUAAAGAUAA